AUUAGGGGACGAUCUAUGAUUUGACAGCCUGGCGGCUGCUCCUGCUGCUGCUUCUACUGCUGCUGCUGCGUCUGCAUGGUCUGUCAUGAGUUGAAAAGGGCUGCGAGGGUUGAGAGGAACUGCAGCUCUGAAGGCUGAACGCUGCUAAGUGGUCUCCCUGUCAGUGUAGAGGAGAUUUUCUGCAGGAUUAGAAACUUGGACCUAUUACCACUUCAUCUACCCGGAAAAGCAGGCAGUGCGAGAGAGGAAAAGGGGCUAGAACCACUGCAAUAAAGGUGGACGCUGAAAGAUGUUUUAAGAAGUGCUUCAGAGAAACUUCAAGCCACGAAAGAUGGAGAAUGAAACAGUAAGUGAACUGAACCAAACCCAGCUUCAACCACAAGCCGUGGUGGCCCUAGAAUACCAAGUGGUCACCAUCUUACUUGUGCUCAUUAUUUGUGGUCUGGGCAUCGUGGGAAACAUCAUGGUGGUCUUGGUGGUCAUGAGAACCAAGCACAUGAGGACCCCCACAAACUGCUACCUCGUAAGUCUGGCAGUGGCCGAUCUCAUGGUCCUAGUGGCUGCUGGCCUCCCCAACAUAACAGACAGUAUCUAUGGUUCCUGGGUCUAUGGCUACGUCGGAUGCCUCUGCAUUACUUACCUCCAGUACUUGGGAAUUAAUGCAUCCUCCUGCUCGAUCACAGCCUUUACCAUUGAAAGGUAUAUAGCAAUCUGUCACCCCAUCAAAGCCCAGUUCCUCUGCACAUUUUCCAGAGCCAAAAAGAUCAUCAUCUUUGUCUGGGCUUUCACCUCCAUCUACUGCAUGCUCUGGUUUUUCUUGCUGGAUCUCAACAUUAGCACCUACAAAGAUGCUAUUGUGGUGUCCUGUGGCUACAAGAUCUCCAGGAAUUACUACUCACCUAUUUACCUAAUGGACUUUGGUGUCUUUUAUGUGGUGCCAAUGAUCCUGGCCACUGUCCUCUAUGGAUUCAUAGCAAGAAUCCUAUUCUUAAAUCCCAUUCCUUCUGACCCUAAAGAAAACUCUAAGACAUGGAAAAAUGACUCAACCCAUCAGAACAAGAAUUUGAAUUUAAAUACCUCUAACAGAUGUUUCAACAGCACAGUAUCUUCAAGGAAGCAGGUCACCAAGAUGCUGGCAGUGGUUGUAAUUCUGUUUGCCCUUUUAUGGAUGCCCUACAGGACUCUUGUGGUUGUCAACUCAUUUCUCUCCAGUCCUUUCCAAGAAAAUUGGUUCUUGCUCUUUUGCAGAAUUUGCAUUUAUCUCAACAGUGCCAUCAACCCAGUGAUUUACAACCUCAUGUCCCAGAAAUUCCGUGCAGCCUUCAGAAAGCUCUGCAACUGCAAGCAGAAGCCAACAGAAAAGCCUGCUAACUACAGUGUGGCCCUAAAUUACAGUGUCAUCAAGGAGUCAGACCAUUUCAGCACAGAGCUUGAUGACAUCACUGUCACUGACACUUACUUAUCUGCUACAAAAGUGUCUUUUGAUGACACCUGCUUGGCUUCUGAGGUAACCUUUAGCCAAAGUUGAUUGAUGAAUUAGACAAAAAUGGACCACAAAGUAAAUGAGAAUCCGUGCAGUUAUCCACAAAAGACAGAAAACAGCCAAUGCUCAAAUGUGAAGAGAGAGCAGAUAGCCUUUCCACUGCUCUCCCAAGCC